AUGAAUCCUCUGAGGCUGCGAGCGUCGCUCCAGCUGCUGCAGCUGUUGCUGCUGGGUGGCUGCCUCGUCGCGGCCUCGGGAAAGAACGAGGGGGCGGCAGGAGGUGCGGCAGAGUCAGCCCCGGGUCUCGUGGGCGGCUCUUCGGGCCGCUUCAUCAGCCCGGAGCACCAAGCAUGCAGCUGGCAGCUCCUGCUGUCCGCCCCAGGGCCGGCGGCGGGCAGCGAGCUGUCGCUGAGCUGCCAGGGCCCGGACGGGGAGCGCCACCAGUGCGCCUACCGCGGGGAGCCAGGGCGCUGCGCAGCCUACGCCGCCCGCGGCUCUCACUACUGGAAGCAGGUGCUGGGCGGGCUGCGCAGGAAGCGGCGGCCGUGCCAGGACCCCGCGCCGCUCAAAGCUCGCCUGUGCUCGGGCAAGAAGGGCCGCGGCGCCGAGCUUCGCCUGGUGCCCAGCGGGUCCCCGCCCGCCGGCCCCACUGCGGCGGGCUUCCCUCGGGAUCCCAAGCCGCGAGCCAGGAGCCGGGGACGGCCCCGAGAGCCAGCGAUCGGCCCCGCCGCGAGGGUCCCGCAUCCUCCGAGCACGCGCUCCAAACGGAAGCCCUCUGAGAAGAAGACUAAAGGGGGCAAGAGGAAAGCGGCCUCGGACCCGGACGAGGAGCGACUCCUGGGCACAAGGCCGGAUCCCGACGGGCUGGAUGUGAACGCGAAGCUCACGGAGACGUACUGCGCGGAGAAGUGGCACUCCCUCUGCAACUUCUUUGUUAGUUUCUGGAACGGCUGA